UCAGACUUGUUCGGUUAUCAUUGGUUUGUGGAGGGAGCGCGAAACCCUAAUUGCAUUGCAUCGAAUCGCAGAAAGUUUGCUUAUCCCUUUUCACUGGUAAUCAAAAAAAAGAUUGAAACUUUCCUUUUCCCCUUUUCACUAUAUAAUUCCUUUCAACGAAGCCACCUUUAGGGUUUAUCACUCGUUUUAUCCGAUUCAUUUACGAUGGCGGAAGAGAGGAGCUUGAACGGCGACGCGACGACGGUUCAGGAGGACGACAGUUUCCUCGAUUCCGACGGCGGAAAGUCGGCGGGAAAGAUCGGAGAUCUCGAGUCUCGGAAUCAGGAGUUAGAGCGGGAGAAGGGCGAGAUCAGCAAGAGAAUCGAGGCUCUGACGGCGGAGGUCGAGGAGAUGAGAGGAGCGGAGGCCAAGGCGAGGCGUAAGAUGGGGGAGAUGGAGAGAGAGAUCGACAAAUCGGAGGAGGAGAAGAAGGUUCUGGAGGCUAUCGCGGAGAGAUCAUCGGAGCUCGAGACGGAAAAGGCGAGGAUUCGGGAUGAGCUCGUGGCGGCUCGGACGGAGAGGGAGGAGGCUGAGAAGGAGGCGAAGAAGCUCCGGGACGAGAUUGCACAGAAGAGGGAUGGGAUCGAGGAGGUGGAGAAGGAGGUUGUUGCGUUGAGGAGUGGGAAGGAGGAGAACGAGAAGAGGAUGAAGGAGUUGGAAGGAAAGCUGGGUGCUUUGGAGGCGAAGGAGUUGGAGGAGAGGAACAAGAAGGUGAGAGCGGAGGAAGAGAUGAGGGACAGGAUUGAUAACAAGGAGAAGGAGGUUGAUGAGUUGAAGGAGAAGAUCAAAGGUUUGGAAUCUAAUGUUACUGAAGGGAAAGCAGAGUUGGAGAAGUGGAGAACGGAGAAGAAGGUUGUGGAGGAUUCGUUGAGAGAGUCUGAGAAGAGAGUGAGGGAUAUGGAAUCGGAGAUUGUGGAGCUGGAGAGACAGAUGGAUGAGUCUGAGAAGAUGAUCAGUGGGUUGAAGAACAUGGUUGAGCAGCCGGUGAAUGGCGUGGAGGUUAGUAGUAGGUCGUGGUCUCCGACGACUGCUGCUGUGAGUGGUGGUUAUGGUGGAGCUUUGGCUGCUGUUGGGGUUGCAGUUGCGGGAGCAGCUGUUGUCUUCUAUGUUUACCGCUCGAAGAAGGCUUAAUUCUCUCGGAGGUAGAAGUUGAUUUUGUUUGUUUUUGGAGUGUUUCUUACGAUACCUAUCUUUGUUAUAUUUGCUUUUGAGAAUGUGAUUUGAUUUCACACAA